GCCCGACGAUGUGGAUGCUUCACCGGAUCGCGAUGCACAUCUUAACCUCGUCCUCCGCUUAGGAAUACACAAAAAUGGAGAAUCGCCGCCGCGCCACGGGAAAUAAGCGACGGAGACGUCGCCGUUCGCCCGCGCCUCCGCUUCCCGCCUCCGACGAACGCAGGUCUGGCCUCCGUGACUCACUUCUCCGGUCAUCCCUCGACCGCACCAAUCGAAAUCAGCGGCACCGGCCUCCCGCCUCUGACCGUACCAAUCUAGCCGCGUCUCAAUUCCUCGCCGCCGAGGAUCUCUGGUCUGACUUGCCAGAUUUGCUCCUCCUUUCCGUCCUCGACCGCCUCCCCUCCGUCCGCGACCUGUUCUUAGUUGCUUCCGUAUGCCGAUCCUGGCGCUCCGUCUUCCGCUCCUACUUCCCGUCCGCCUCGUAUGGCCGUCCGCCUCUCCUUAUUCUCCCAUGUGUCGAACCCGAAGCUUACCAGUGGAUCGAACCUCCUCGAUGCCUCCUGAGGUCUCCUUCCGGACCCUUUUCCAGCGGUCGCUCUAUGGUGCCUUCGGAGACCCUCUGCAUGACCCUUCUUGGCUCUUCUUACGGUCAGCUCAUCUUCCGCAACCGCGUUGGUGCUGUGGUGGCCGACGCAUUCACCGGGGAGGAGCUCCGCCCGCCCACCCUCCCCGAGCCCCACCGCUUCUACUUCGGAGCCUUAACUGGUCCUCUUUCAUCCCCUGGUUCCCAUCUCCUUUUGUGCGACAAGCAGAGCCUAUUCCUGUGGCAAGUGGGAAGCAGCAGCUGGAAAGAAUGCUCCUUUGAACAGCAUCAUUUCUUCAUAAUUGGUGUCAUGGCUUUCAAAGACAAUAUUUUUGUGUUGAGCAGUAGCGAAACACUAUACUCUCUGCAGUUUUCCCCCUCUUUCGGCGUGAAAGAACUCACAGUGCCGUGGUGCGGGGAAAGCUCCAGCUGGGCAGUGGCUUUUGGAUCCUGUAGCCGGAUGGUUGAGUGCGACGGCAAGCUCAUGCUGAUACGCUUUGUUCCAUUUGGGGAAGAAACAGAUUUGUGUUUUGCUGUGUACUCCUUGGACUUCUCGGGGCAGCCGACAUGGUCGAAGGUGGAUAAUUUGGGAGAUUGGGCAUUGUUCGUCGAUAUCAAGAGUAACUUUUCAAUAUCUUGCGCCCAUCCAGGCAGGUGGGGAGGAAGGAGCAACUGCAUUUAUAAUGUUGACCGUUUGUUUGAUCAUUGGCAUGAAUUUCCAUUGGAUGCUCCGACUAGGGACAUUGCCGAAGUAGAACAUCCAUUUGACUUCACUAGUCUUAGCUUACUAAAGUGGCCUUCUCCAAUUUGGGUUUAUCCAAGCAUGUUAUAUUGAGACCUUCCAUAGAGCACGAAGGUGGCGGUAGUAGGCUGCAGCAACUGGCGUCGGGCGGCGUGGGCAGCAGUCGGCUUCGUCAGAGGUGGCAGCAGAUAGCAGAUCGUUGGAUGGCGGCAACAAGCGGCUGGUGGUGGUCGACAGGCAACAACAGAUGUCGUCGAAGAUGUCAACAGAACGCUGGAUGGUGGCAGUGAGAGGUGGUGGUAGAUGGAGGUUGACGGGAAAAGGUCGGCAGGAGGUCAGCGGUGGGCGGUAGGCAACAGGAGACGGGCAGGCGUUGGGCAGCGAAGGCGGUGGGCAGCGAAGGCGAUCGGCUACAGCAACAGGCGUCGUGCUGCGGUCAGUGGGCAGCGGUCGGCGUCGUCGGAGGUGGCAGCAGAUCGUUGGAUGGCGGCAACAAGCGGCUGGCGGUGGUCGACGGGCAACAGUAGAUGUCGUUGAAGAUGUCAGCAGAUCGCUGGAUGGUAGUAGUGAGAGGUGGCGGUAGAUGGAGGUUGACGGGAAAAGGUCGGCGGGAGGCAAGCGGUGGGCGGCAGG